AUGGCCGUGCGGGAGCGCAAGCACCGACUCUUCAUGCUGCGUCGCGCGGUAGGGCGCAAGGCCUCUACCCUGUGGCGGACUGGGCUCAUGCCGUCCGCAGGGCACGGGGCUGGAGUGCCGGGUUUGGCGGACGCGCCGCUGCGCGAGAUGCGCAAUUUGGCCGCGGUACUCAACGGGCGCAGUGACAAACACCAUGUGGACGUCACGGUAUACCUCCUUACUCACCCUUCGGAGGAGUACGAUCCCAUGUAUCACGCCACGCUGGACCUGGUCUUGAACUAUGCCGCCUUCACUUGGGAUGGGCGGCUAGCCUGGGACAUGAAAGCGCCGCGCAUUUUGCAGGGCGACAAUGGCAACCAGUAUGACUUGCACCGCGUGUGCCCUGCUGACCUGCGACCUUUCUUGGUGCAGGGCGUGCAGCGCUGGCAGCAUGACCGCCUCACCAGCCACAUGUGCUCAUGUACUCCCACGCUGGCGCGCCUAUCUGGCACCGUGGGCUCAGGUAUGUGGUCAAGGGUGUCCGUGCCGCAAGGCAGCUGGGAGCGUUGCAGGCGCUAUGGUUCGACCGUGCCCAUGCCGAUCCGCGGGGACAUGAAGCUCGGCAG